AACGAAACAAAGAACAGCAGCAGCAAGCCAAAGGCUCUGCUAGGACUACUUUCCAGGUGGGUUGUGAAGCGGCGUGGUUUUCCUCGCGAAAUCGAAGCGCGGUGAAGCCACGCUGGCUACGCAAUAUAGCCGUAGUAGACUUCACAAAUCGAACAAACUUCACAAGCAACGACACGAGCGACGCACGAAGAGUUGGCCGGCCGUUGAAAAUCUGGUAAGAUUCCGUAUCAAAGAGCGUGACAGCAAAAGCGCGCCACGCUGGACGGUUCAAAGUGAAGGCCGAGCCGUGAACAAGAGCGCUGAAAGGAUCCCGUUGAGCGUGACGGGAACGGGGUAUGCAUCCCUUCGCUUCGCUCCUCUGAAACCGCAUACUUCGUAUACGUUUUCUUCGAAUCGAGCUACGGGGACCAUCACCCGCAUCUCCAAGGCUGCGCAUUACAGCCACGGGAACCGCGGCUGCGGCUGCGGCCGCUGGCCCCACCACCACUGCCACCGCCGUUAGGCCCACUUCAGCUGCCCCGACGAAGGGGCUGCGGGAGCUCGGAGGCGGCGACGGCAGCAGCGGAGGUGACGGCGGUGGCGGCGGCGAUGCUGAGGACAGGCGGUACGGUACGGAACCGCCUUGUACGGAACCGCCGCCUGCCCCGUCAGCAUCGCCGUCAGCGUCCGCUAGCCCCUUUCAGGCCGCUGCAGCCUCGGCUUUUGCGGCUGCUGCGGCGGCGGCGGUUGACGAGGACCAGGGCGGUGGCGGCGGAGGUGCAGCUGUUGGCGGCCUGCAAGGAUGCGCGGUACGAAGUCGUACAACCCCUGAUGAGGUGCCGUAUUGCAAAGCAGCGGACGAAUCGGUGCCGGGGGAACCGCAUCCGGUGGACGUCGCAGUGGACGACAUGCACGGCCUUUCGCAAUCAUCUUCGCCAUCAGACUCUCCCGAUCGUACCAAUUGUACGACAAGCAACAGGCAUACCUCACGUGACGGCGGCAACGGCAGCGGCCUGAACAGGACGUCCGUGGGGUGCGGUGCUGCCAGCAGCGCACCUCAGGCUCAAACUCGCCAGCUUGCGUUUCCGGAACUCAUCGCAAAGUCCCUGGGCAGUGGAGGCUGCGAUGCCGCCGGAAGCGGCUACGAUAUGGCGCCGCCGCCGCCGGCGGCCGCGGCACAAUCACACUCGCCGGCGGCGCCAGCAGCGGCAGCAGGUGACGUAAGCGGCGCUGUACAGCGGGGCCUGUCAGGUGUCGGCUCGGGAGGUCUGCGGACAUGGCCUGGGGGCCUGGUGGACGUGGCGACGACGGA